UCUGAUUGACCUUCAGAUCAAAUUGACGACUUCCUCUGAGUGAGUUCAGCUCCAGGAGAGAAACGUGGAAAACUCCAUGACUGCUGCUUCAACCUGCCGACUCUCCACACACUGAAGCUUCACUCUGAGACAAAAUGGCUUCCAGAUUAGAGGAGGAUCUCUGCUGUCCCGUCUGUCAUGAGAUCUUUAGAGAUCCUGUUGUUCUGUCAUGUAGCCACAGCUUCUGUAAAGCCUGUCUGAAGACCUGGUGGAAAGAGAAACCAACACGCGAGUGUCCAGUCUGUAAGAGAAGAUCUUCAAGGGAAGAUCCACCUGUUAGUUUGGUGUUGAAGAACCUGUGUGAGGCCUUCUUGUUGGAGAGACAUCAGAGAGCUUUAGAGGGUCUCUGCAGUCUGCACUUUGAGAAACUCAAACUCUUCUGUCUGGACCAUCAGCAGCCAGUGUGUCUCGUCUGCAGAGACUCAGAAAGACACACCAACCACACAUUCAGACCCAUCAAUGAAGCUGCACAACAACACAAGAAGAAACUUCAGGAAACUCUGGAGUCCUUAAAGGGGAAGCUGAAGGUUCUUGAACAAGUUAAAGUGAAGUUUGAUCAAACAGCAGAACACAUUAAGGUCCAGGCCCGACACACACAGAGGAGGAUUCAGGAUCAGUUUAAGAAGCUCCACCAGUUUCUAAAAGAGGAAGAGGAGGCCAGGAUGGCUGCACUGAGGGAGGAAGAGGAGCAGAAGAGUCAGAUGAUGAAGGAGAAGAUGGAGGCUCUGAGCAGACAGAUAGCAGCUCUUUCAGACACAGUCAGAGCCACAGAGGACGAGCUGAGAGCUGAAGACGUCUCAUUCCUGAACAACUACAAGGCUGCAGUGGAAAGAGUCCAGCAGCGCCCCCUGCUGGAUGAGCCACAGCUGCUCCCAGGAGCUCUGAUAGACAAGGCCAAACACCUGGGCAACCUGACCUUCAACAUCUGGAACAAGAUGAAGGAGAAGGUCUCCUACACUCCUGUGAUUCUGGAUCCAAACGCUGCUGCUCCAAACCUCAUCCUGUCUGAAGAUCUGAGCAGCGUGAGAGGAGGAAAGAGACAGCAGCUUCCUGACAAUCCAGAGAGGUUUAAGAACUGGUAUGUCCUGGGCUCUGAGGGCUUUGACUCAGGGACUCACAGCUGGGAUGUUGAAGUUGGAGACAGUCCAGACUGGACUCUGGGUGUGUGUUCAGAGUCUGUCCAGAGGAAAGGACACAUAAAGUCUGGACUGUGGAUGAUAUGGUUCAGUAAAGAUAAAUACUCAGCACGGUCACCACCAGCUCCACACACUGAUCUCGUAGUGCAGAAGAAGCUCCAGAGGAUCAGAGUGAAUCUGGACUGGAAUGGAGGAAAGCUGUGGUUCUCUGAUCCUGAUACUAACACACACAUACACACCUUCACACACACUUUCACUGACAGGAUGUUUCCAUUCAUUGGCAUUGAGGGCAAACUGAAGAUCUUACCAGUGAAGGUGUGUGUGACAGUGAAACAGAGUGGGUAAACAGGAUGAUUGUGU